GCGGUGAGUCCGGCCUACCAAAUCACUUAUCGGCGCGUAGUGUUUAGCUACUGCAACCCUUCUUUCGCAUUGGAAUGGGCUGCGAAAAUGGGGAAAAAUAAAAAGGCCAAGCCCCUGACACAGGAAGAAAUCUGGGAUGACUCUGCUCUGCUUCAAUCCUGGGAUGAUGCCGUUGAGGAAUACCAGCUCUAUCACAGCAUUCACGCCAAAGGUGAAAAUGUUGAAGAUGUUUUGAGAAAUGCAGAAGAGUCUGGAGUUUCUGUUGAGGACGAAGUAGUUGAGGCAGAAGCCGAUGUCGAUGUCGCCGAAAAUGAUGUUAUUCUGGAGAAAGAGGAUGCAUCCAUGGACAUCCAUGAGCCUGCUAAGCUUUCUGGAUCUGCGAGCAGUCUGAACCCCGAAGUUCCUACAACCGAUUUGCCGAUGCCUCAUCCAGCCAUGGCUAAUGUUCAAGAUGAAGCGUUGAAGAACCUUAUGAUGUCCUGGUACUAUGCUGGAUACUACACAGGAGUCUACGACGGCCAGCAGAAAGCAACUCGCGAGAAGAGCUCAUGA